AUGCACGUUGCCGCCGCCACCACCCUUCUCCCUCCCCCCCAAACCCUAUUCCCGUCCGAUCUCUCUUCCCGCUACAUCUCCCGUCUCAAGUCCAUACCAACCAACCUCCUCCUCCCCUCCCUCCCCUUCCCCCAACCCUCACCUGAAGAACCCGCCUCCCCACGCAGCCUCGCCCACCUCCGCCACCUCCUCUCAGACUCCUCCCACCACCCCUCCCCUCAUCGCCCCAUCCCAACCCGAUGGCGCGAGCUCCACGGCUCCUCCGACUGGUCCGGUCUUCUCGACCCCCUCGACUCCGAUCUCCGUCGCGAACUCCUCCGCUACGGCGACUUCAUUCACUCCGCUUAUGAAGCCUUCCUCCAUCCUCCCACCGGCGCCGCCACCCAUGACGCCCGCACCGUCCUCUUCCCAGACCCUUCAUACCGCCUCACACGCCACCUCUUCGCCACCGCAUCCUUCAAUCUCCCCCCAUCCUGGCCCUCCCACGGCUCCAGCUGGAUCGGUUUCGUCGCCGUUUGCGACAACGAACGAGAGAUCCGCCGCAUGGGCCGUCGUGACAUCCUCAUCGCCCUCCGCGGCACCUCCACCUUCCUCGAAUGGGCGGAGAACCUCCGUGCAAAUCUCGUUCCUCUCGCCUCCCCUAACCUGAAAGUCGAGUGUGGGUUUCGUAAUCUGUACCACAGCCCCGGCGUGCGCGUCCCUAGUUUAUCCGCCGCAGUAUCCGAAGAAAUACAAAGGCUAGCCGAGCUCUAUCGCUACGAAGAGCUAAGCAUUACUGUAACCGGACACAGCCUCGGCGCCGCGCUUGCGUUGCUCGUCGCCAACGACCUGAUCACCACUUGCUCCAACAUGUCCAAAUCGCCGCCGGUCGCCGUUUUCUCAUUCGGGGGCCCGAGAGUCGGCAACCGAGCGUUCGCGGAGAGCGUCGAGCGGAGAGGUGUUAAAGUUCUGCGUGUGGUGAACAAACAUGAUUUGGUGACGAAGAUUCCGGGGGAAUUUGGCGGGUGGUGGGAAGGGUACGAGCAUGUGGGGAGGGAACUGAGAGUGGACAGUCGGGUUUCCCCGUUUCUGAAACCGAAUGCGGAUCCGGGUUGCUGUCAUGACCUUGAAGCGUAUCUGCACCUCGUCGAUGGGCUCGGGGGCGGAAAGGGUUGUGAGUUCAGGACAGACGCGAAGCGCAGUUUGGUUCGGCUGCUGAGCCAUCAGCGAGGUAACAUGAAGAAAUUAUAUGUGAGCGAGGCGAGCGCGCUCGGCGCAGUUCCGGGUGCGUCUGCGUACUCCGGAUGCUUUGCCAGCCUGUUUUCCUGA